AUGUGGUGUCUGAAGCAGUCUUCCCAGGCAAACAUUGUUUACCUGGAUGAAACCUGGGUCAACCAAAGUUACACUGUAGGAAAAGGCUGGACUGACACCACAUCUGAAGCAGCAACAGGAGUACAACCACUGACAGGAAAGGGAGGCUGUCUCAUAAUUCUCCACGCAGGAACAAGAGAUGGUUUCAUCAAUAAUGCAGAACUGAUCUUCCAGGCAAAAAAUGAUGGGGAUUACCACAAACAGAUGAAUUCCACAGUGUUUGAGGAGUGGUUCAGGAAUCAACUGCUGCCCAACAUUGCACCAAACUCCAUCAUCAUCACGGAUAAUGCUCCCUACCAUUCUGUGCUACAAGAGAAAGUACCAAGCUCAUUGUGGAGGAAGGUGGAACUGAAGGAGUGGCCUGAAAGGAAAGAUGUCCAGCUCAGUGAUGAACUACUGAAGACAGAGCUGUAUGAGCUUACCAAGAAAUUUGCAGCCGGCAAAAAAUAUUGCAUUGGCAGUAUUGCAGACUUGGCAGGCUAUAGGGUUGAAGCCCUGUGUCACAUCAUGCCACACAACUGGAUGCAAGCUGUUGCCCAUGCUGAACACCUUCAAGAGGAAGAUGGGCGACAAGACAUAGUGGUGGAUCACUUCGCGGAUUCUCUGACCAUCGACAUUGCUGAAAGUUCAGACAAAGAGCGAUCUGAUAGUGGCCAGAGAGAGGAUUAG